CACAGGCUUGUUGUUCACAGUAAUUUUCAUUGCUGCAUAGCUCAGUUAAUUUAAAAAAAUGGACACGGAACAUAGAAGCAGAGCAACUCUUGCUCUCCCCAACCCACAAGAGCCCACCAGAGGGCCUGAAAUUGAGCUUUUAGAAGCACCUUUCUCUGGCAACAUCCUACUGGAGAAGGAUAUCUCAUUAUCACGCAAGACAUGGCUGAUAUUUCUAAAGAGGGAGGUGGAAUUCCUGGGGGUAACACAAAUUCUGAUUGGUUUCAUAUGUCUUUAUUUUGGGACAAUUGUCUACCCUGGGAUCACAAUUUCAGAAUUCGAGAAAAAAUUUUUUUCAUCAUUUCAAAUAGGCUAUCCAUUCUGGGGAGCAGUACUUUUUGCUAUUUCUGGAUUUUUGUCAGUUAUGUCUGAAAAGAAAAAUGCAACAUAUCUGGUGCAUGGAAGCCUGGGAGCAAACCUGGUCAGCUGCCUAGCUGCAGGAGCAGGAAUCUUUCUUCUCAUCAAAAACCUACAGAACACAAUGGCUUAUCACAAUAUUUGCUGGGAAGCUUUUCAGGAUGACUUCUGCUUCACAGUUUUUUUUUCCACUGAAAUUGUGGCAAUGAUCAUGUUCGUCACCAUUCUGGGAUUUGGUGCUGCUGUGUUACUCAUAGUCUACAGAGUUGGGGAAUUACUCAAAGAAGAUAAGGUUCAAGAAGAACGUCUUUAUGAGGAAUUAAAUAUAUAUUCACCAAUUUAUAGUGAGUUGGAAGCCAAAGAGGAGACCUCUCCCACUGAUUCAUAAGGAUCAUGUUCAGAACAUUCUCAUUUGUAACAAAGAGUAUAGAAAGCCAAGAUCUUUGUUUAAGAGGCUACUGGCAAAAUUUCGCUUCUCUCUAUAAUCCUCCAGUUUUACGUUGUGAUUUGUUCUCUAGAUGAUAAUAUUCUGUUUCUGUUGUUUCUGCACAUCUAAGUACCCCACUGCUCAAUUCAUAGGUAUAUGAUAGACUUCCAUUUUUCAUGUUUUCUAUUGCUAUUUUACACCCAUCUCUUCUGGGAAAUCAACAUGCAAUAAGCAUUUACUCUGUGCCCAUAAAUGUGCAAAUAGGAAAAAUAAGAGGAAGGCUGGCUGAAAUUGAGUUAAACUUUAAAAGUUUGAUGUUUGGUUCUCAACCCUUUUUAGCAUUCCCAAAAGUGAUGGGCAUGGUACAUGUCUCCCACUAGAUUGUAAGCACCAUUCAUCAAACAUUUCUUGAGAACUAAUUAAGUGUUUGAAGUUUUUCACACUUGCCUCUUUCACAUUGUAUAUCUCAGUAUUUCACUCAGAGUUGGUGCUCAGUGUAUUUAUGGAGUAAAUGGGUAGAGAUUCAGGAAUGAUAGCCUACCAGGCCAGGCCAGAGAUAGAGUAGACAAGGAGAAAGGGAUGAUUCUGAAGUGAAUUUGGACGUGAUAAGAUCAAAUUGGCAAAUUUAAGAACAGUGUUAGGAGGAUACUCAGAGAUUUGAAUAGAGAUUCUGCAAGCAUGUAUUAAAUAUUUUGGUGGAUUCAUAUCAAAUUAGCGAUGAAGGCUUCCUGCUUAUGUUUGAUCUUAUUCUAUGAUCUUAUUCUAUGGAGAAAACAACAUAGUAUGUUAGAAGGAUUACCAAUUUUAUACAAUGUAGGAAGUUUGUGUUGUAAUCCCAGGCCUAUUGCUUAUUAGUUGAGUGAGUUGUGGCAAAUAAUUUAGCCAGUUACUCAGUAUGGGUUUCCUCAUCUAUAAAAUUAAGAUAAGAGGAAUAAUUUACCUGCCAUCACUAAAGGUCUAUUUUGGAGACACACAUACAUACAUAUAUGUGCCAUAAAUUAAAAGUGCUCUGUAAGAGAUUCUAUAAAUUAUUUAAUUUAUGUAUACAUAUAAGCAAUCUCUAAAUCUUAGUAAUCACCAAUUAUAUAAAACUUAAAUCCAUUUUAUCUUAACUUUGGAAGCCUUACUCUCUGUUCCCAUUCAACUUUUUCUUUAAUAUGCUUUGUGCUUGACCACCUCAUAUCAGCACUCUGGCUUGAAAUUUUCUGCCCUCUCUUCUGUACUUGCUUGAUUUUUUUCUUUCUUUAAUGCCUCUCUUUAAUACCACCUAAUUCUUUAAGAUAUUCUAGCCAACAUUGCUCCUCUCUCAGGAUGAUUACUUUUUCAAACCAAAUAUAUACACAACCACAUAUAACUUACACCAUAUAUAACUUUUUAAAUGCAAAUAUUUUACUUUUCAUUAAUGACAAUACAUUCUUUCCUAAAGACUCAAAGUCAUAUAAAGAUCUGUAUAUUGCCUGAGUCAUCAGUACAUUCACUGAUACAAUAUUCAAUACACUUUGCAGAUUGAUGAGUGGGCAGUGGGGAGUGUAAUUAAGUUACUUAGUAUCUGGUGAGAUGAAAACCAUAAGAAGAAAGAUCAUUUAAGGAGGAAUUUGAAAUGAAAGAGGAAUACAUUAAUGAAAAGUUUAGCUAAAAUGAAGUCAAUGGGCAUGGAAAGAAAUGGUCAUAUCUAAAACAUAGAAACACUAAUCAGUCUUCUUGUUAACAAGUUGAACAAAAGGAUAAAUUUAGGCAUGCAAUUGUUUAGGUAACACAUUAAGUGUUUGAGCGUAAGAUCAAAGGAGAAAACCUGGAAAUGUUGAAAGAAAUGAUAGGGAGUCAGAAAUAUGGAUUAAUGGGGAGUAUUGUAGACAGACCUAAAUGAAGGUUGGUUUUAGAUGGUCAUUUUUAUGAGACCAAAAGCAGUGCAACUGGACAGCAUUUACUCCAGCACUCUGGUAAAGAUGAAAUGUGGUGAUAGAGAUUUGUGUUAUUGUAGGAGAGCUCAUUAUUCAGUGAAGCAGAUUAACACUGGAAGAGAACUAUUUUGAGAUUAAAGUGAAGCCAAGUUAACCUUUGCAUGCCUAUAACCAGAGGGAAAGUAGAAGGAAAAAAUAACCUAGGGUGGAAGAUAGAAGAAUUAUUCAGAAAAGUGCAUUGUGAAAUAGUAGACAGCAGGUAGCCCAAAGUGGAAAGCGAUUAAACAAAGAAGGGAAAAAGGUAACCAUCAGAGACAGAAUCUGCAGGCUUGGGCAAGUCUACAGUGAUAAAUCAACUCCAGGUAAUGCAUGGAGAUGGGGCAGUGAAAAUACCAAUGGUGAAUGAAUGCAAAGGUACAGAGAAGUUUGAAACAGCAUGGUGAUGAGGAAAUGAAUAACAUUUACAGAGGCAUUCAGAGAGAGGGAAUGGGGGUAUAUGUGGUGUUAGAAGAGUAGGUUGUGAAUACAAAGUAGUAAAAAGAGAUAUGCAAAAUAAUUUUGUUGCUGUUAAUGUUUUUAUUAUUAAGAGAAGGAAAAAGAAUUUAAAUGUUUAGCCUAAGGAGAAGAAGCAUCCUGCAGAGGCACUGGAAAAUCAUGUUGGGGUAUUAUUCACAAUCCAUUAAUAAAAUGAUUAAUUACAUUUUAUGUAUUUAGGAUUCCAAAAUUAAAGAGAGACAAUUAAAUGUUAAUUUCCUAGACUAUAAAAGUGAUCACAUAGCCACACGACAAGCAGUUAAGUGACUUGGUAUGCCUAACUAACCUCAGGACCUCAGGUUUUUAUUUUCACUUUUCUGAAAUAAAAUUUUGUUUCUCAAAAUUUGAUAGCAGAAUAAAAAUGUACUCUUUCACUGUGUACUUGCUAUGCUGUAUCUCCAUUUUUGAUGACUUAUAAGUAUUUAUCAUAUCACAUCCAUGGUAUAGGCAUUCACAUUAAAACACAAAGCCUGGUCUAUCAGGAACUCUUGAAAUGGAUCCAGUCUAUCAUUACAAUUGUAUAAUAUUUUACACCACUCUUUCUCCUGCUUGAUUCAUUUUUUUAACCACACUGUUGACUACAUUUUCUAUGUCCACAACAUAAUUUUUGUCUCAAGACCAUUCUGAUAGUUGUCCUGUCUCUGCCUGUCUUUUAUCAUGUACCCACUUCAGGUAUACAUUAAGCAUAUAACUGCCAUGUUCUCUACCCAUUCAUUCUUCCAAAUUAUCUUUUGAAAAAUUUCAACUGAAAGGUCAUCUUCUCCAUGAAAAUUGCCUAAUGCACACCUAUUCAUCCAGUCUUGAUUUCUUGCUUCAUCAUGACCUUACCCCACAAAGCAUUGUAUUAUAAUUUAUUGUUAGUGUACUUGUGAUC